AUGAUGAGAACUUUACUUCCCUUCUACGCCAAGAAGCUGCAGGGAGGAGCCUUCUUGGUAGGCAGCCUCGAGGCAGCCUAUGGAGUAGGACAAGUGAUUGGAGCUGCGUUUCUCCCUCGAAUGAGUGACACGCGAGGGAGAAAGGUCGUCUUAAUCAUAUCCUUCCUGGGCUCUGCUGUGGGGUACUCGUUAGCGGGCAUUGCGAGCUCGUCUUGGCUGCUUCUUGUCUCAAGAAUUCCCGUCGGCCUCUCCAAGCAGACAGUCGCAGUCUCACGAGCGAUGUUCGCCGACUGUGUUCCCCGAGAGUCACUUUCUCCUAGCUUGGCGCGUCUCACCUCCCUGAUGGGCAUGGGCUACACCAUCGGACCCUUCCUUGGGGGAUACUUGAGCGACUUGUACGGUGACUCGGUUCCUGCUUUCGUCGCAGUGUCUCUCUUCGCUGUGCUUAUUCCUUUGUCUGUGCUCUACCUUCCGGAAACGAACCCGUUCGUGGCAUCGGGAAGCAAAGUUGAAGACAGCUCUGAAGAGAGACAAGCGGACAUGCUUGAUCAUAAGCCUUACACGAGCUCCGAUGAAACAAAGCGUCAAGCUCGUCGAAGGCUACUUCUGCUGACAAGCAUCUUGAUGCUGCCCGAGCUGUCUGUGAUUGCAUAUAGCGGAGCAGGUCUGAGCACUUUAGUGCCUUCUCUGGGGAAGGGAAGAACCUUCCUUGGAGUCUUGAACUCGACCACAGCUGCUAUAGCAGCAUUGCAUUCGGCGUUCAUGAUUCCAUAUCUUUCUGCAACAUUAAGAAUCAAAGAUAGUUGCCAGGCAGCGUUUCUUUCUAAGCAAGCUCCGCUAGAGAUGCAAGGAGAAACUAUGGGGAUUCUCGACUCUGCAAGCUCCUUGUGCCGGGUUGUGGCUCCCCUCCUGACCGGCUUUCUGGUAGAGGUGGUGGGAAAAUCUUCGCCGUAUUGGAUGGCAGCGAUUCUUUGCUCAGUUGGGCUAGUCCUGCUCUCGGUUUGUAAUGAUCAUCAAGAGCAAGUGAAGAGAAAAGAUGAAUAG